CCUGAAGCUUGUCGUCAUCAUCACCGUGGACGUUCAGUAAGGCCCGACGGGUUGCAUUUUUGGUGACGGAAAUCUAAACACUUGUUUUCAGAAACGAUCAAACUCAAAGUUCACGCUUGCUGGUCAAGUGGAGGCCUGCUCUUCUACAAAGUCCACGAUCUCAUCAAAGUGUCGAGCAAGACUCAUUCCAAACUACCAACCUCCACCAUCAUAUACCCCUGAUAUUGUUUUCAAUAGCUACUUCUCCUAAACUCAAUCCAAAGGACAGUGUUUCCAGCUUAUAUCCAAGAUAAGCAACAUCACAACGAUUUCCGUCGCCCGUAUUCCUCCUGCCACACUUUUUCUUUCCACCGCCUGCCUGCUUCUGUAACGAUGGCUAAGAUCGAUAAAGCUCAAAUACUCAUUUGCGGGGUAAUCAUACGUGCUUGUGACGAACUUGCCGAGCUACGCAACCAGUUUAACGUAAUUGACCUCGAUUCAAAUUCAAGAUCAGAAUUUUUGAAGGAUUGUCGGCCUGGUGGGAGGUACAGCCGCGUGAAAGGGAUCUACAGACAUAAUUCAUCUGCUGAUUUGAUCGGGACCUUUGACGCCGAGUUAAUAGACGCCCUUCCGGACUCGGUGCGUUACAUCUGUCACAAUGGCGCGGGAUAUGAUCAGAUUGAUAUCAAAGCCUGCACUCGUCGCUCUAUCUUGGUCUCGAACACGCCUGGAGCGGUGGAUGACGCCACGGCGACGACGGCGCUGUAUCUAAUGAUUGCUGCUAUGAGGAACUUUAGUUCCGCCGAAGCAUUUGCCCGAGCAGGUCAAUUCAAGACGGGCGUACUUACUGGACACGACCCCGAAGGGAAAGUUUUGGGUAUCGUUGGUAUGGGUGGAAUCGGAAGGGCAUUGGCUCGCAGGGCGAUCGGAUUCUCUAUGAAGAUCCUUUACCACAACCGACAUCCCCUGAAGAAAAGUCAACUUGUGACGGGCAGUCCGCCAUUUGACUUGAGUCCAUUUGUCACAUACGUGAACUCGCUUGAUAGUCUUCUCAGUCAAUCGGAUGUGGUUUCACUUAAUCUUCCAUUAAACGCUGAAACGGCUGGCAGCUUUGGUGCCCGUGAAUUCAAUCUCAUGAAACCUAGUGCCAUCCUUGUCAACACUGCUCGUGGGGCUAUCGUGGAUGAAGAGUCUCUUUUAGCAGCGCUUGAUUCUGGUCGGCUUUGGAGCGCAGGACUGGACGUCUUUCCCUCCGAACCUUUCAUCAAUCCGCGAUUGAUUGCACAUCCGCGUCUCAGCUUAUUGCCACACAUGGGCACGGAGACGAUAGAAACGCAACACAAGAUGGAGGUUAGAGCGUUGGUAGAGAACCUAGCGACAGCCAUGGCUGGUCAUGGACUGAAGGAUCCGGUACCAGAACAAUCCUAGGCAUAUCUUGUAUUUUUUAAUAUUCGCCAUUUAAUCUCGCCUGUUUUGUGCCCACCGAUAUGAUUACUCAUUUCAAACGUUUUCUAUCCUCACCUCACUGAUGCUUCUGGAGGCCUUACAAAGAUGUUUUGAGUCAGAUUUCAUUUACUAUUAAUUCUUGAUCGUUGAGGUACAUAAAUGUAUUAGUGAGCUAUACUUGAGCGACAUUGGACCUGAUGCAUAUAUUCAGUAGAUAGACUGACCAGCCAAGAUGCCGUAUGUUCCCUUUACCCUCUGGAGAAUGUUUUAUUACCCCAAAGUUAAACCAUGUAUUGUGAUAAAGAGAUUAAGCAUGUAUCAAGCUUAUUUGAUUUUUGACCUUUCUU